CUGACCAACUACCUGUUUCCUAUCUGGACGUAUUCCUACCUGGCCUUUCUUUUCCCCGUCUUCCUCCUGACUGACUUCCUGAGGUACAAACCCCUUAUUAUACUACAGGGGUUCUUUCUCAUCACCAACUAUAUUCUACUGUGCUUUGUCCCAGGUCUUCCUGCUAUGACUUUCCUUCAGGUCAACUAUGCUGUAGUGACUUCCACGGAGGUUGCCUACUUUUCCUAUAUUUACAGUGUAAUUCCAGUAGAGAAUUACCAAAGAGCUACUGGUUACCUGCGCAGUGCAAUGUUGGCUGGAUAUACAUUUGGCGCCACCCUUGGCCAAAUGCUUGUCUCCCUUGCUGGCCUGGACUACUUCUAUAUCAAUACUAUUACCCUGGGAAUUGUGAGCGUGGCAUUUCUCGUCUCAUUCUGGUUGCCCAUGCCCCAGACAAGCAUGUUCUUCAAAGGUGCUGCAGCAGCCUUCUCUGUGGGCUACAUCAAGGUGACCUGGGUUGUGUGGGGAGAGCUGGCUUUGGGGAUGUUCUCAGCUGUAGGGUCAGGUGCUGUGUUUCUGAUGGCAUUCACGAGCAGCAUCUGGGUAUGCUACGUCGGUUAUGCCAUAUUUAAAUCCUGUUACAUGCUCCUCAUCACCAUCACAACGUUUCAGAUCGCCUCUAACCUCUCCAUGGAGUGCUAUGCUCUGACUUUUGGGAUCAACACUUUUGUAGCCCUCUCACUGCAGACCAUCAUUACAGUCACAGUUGUUGAUGAAGCUGCACUGGGGCUGGACAUCGUGACGCAGUUUAUCAUCUACGGCAGCUACUAUGCUGUCAUAUCGCUGCUCUUUUUGAUCCGAGGAACCUACACCGCCUGUGUGAACAAACCCUGUCUCCGGCACACGGAAGACAAGGAACCUGAGUGUGUGGAGGAGGUGAUUGCUGCAGAGCGUCUCUGA